AUGUCGGAGCAUCUAACACGGUGGUCGCCUGUCACCAAGGUCACCAAGAAAGUCAAGAUUGAUGACCUGGAGAUUUCGUUCAAAAGAACCAUUCGUGUCCCGGACAAUUAUGACACCAACUACUUGCCCCCAGACGCGGGCUCAUUCCCUCUGUACAAAGUAGACGACUACGCUGAGACUCUCCCGUUGCGCAUGGCGCAGAAGGGCGGACUGUUUAUCCCAAUGUAUCAGAGAGAGGCAAUGUGGAUCAAUUUCAAGUCAAAGUGUUUCUAUGCCAUCAAAGUUUUCGUGGGAGGCAUCAACGCCGUUUCAGGCGAACCUAGCGUGGAGGACGCUGGCACUUCACUUCGCCGUCGGAAUCUCAUUCAUCAAGGCAAGAGCGUACAGGAUUACAUCGUUACUCCUGAUCAGCGAUGGCUAGAUGGUGUUGCGGUCGAGCCGGGAAAGAUUCGCCAGUUCGUCGCCAUGCCUGUGGGAACGGGUCACUCGAUUGAGGCUCAGAUGACGGGCGCAGAGAAGGCUGGAGGAGUUCAGUUCGAGAUCACCCGACUGGAUUCGAAACCACCUGAAGGGGAUAUAAUCACAAUCGACAUAGUGACGGGGGGGGGCAAGGUACACCGCGUCACGACAUCUCGCCAAGAGACUGUUGAACAACUCAUGCGUCGCAUUGAACUUGUCGAGAAACUAACGUUGGAUGAGAUGCGUCUUAUCUACGCCGGCAAACACCUUGAAGUUUUCCGUACCUUGGCCGAUUAUCAGAUCGAGGAUAACUCAAGGGUACAGUUGUUAAAGCGACUUCGCGGUGGAGGCGGUCCCGGCCCAACCGAGCUUGAAAUGUAUAUCGCUGCCGGCGGAUUAAUUAAACAAGGUAUCGAGGGCCUCAGGCAAAACGACUGGAAAAAGUCGGUUCCCGUCACGUUUAACGUUCAAGUUCUCAACAGCGCCGGCUUCGAACAGGUGACUGGCAAAAAGCCGCCUCGAUCUCCAAUUACAGCCAAGUCAUACGCCGAUUGCGGUUACCCGUUCUAUUCGAUUUACGAGGAACCGACUACCAUUUCUGGAGCUUUUGACGGCUUGCGAUCAGUCGCUCAGAUCGACCAAACAUCCGAAGACUCGCUGCCUGCUGACAUGCCGGUCAUGGACGUUGACACUCGACAGGUCCGUCCCCGUGUCAACAUUGGUGCGGUCGGAAUUUUGAACCCCCAGGGCUCUGGUCAGGAACUUGAGUUUGAAUGGGAGAUGAAGGAAAGGCUCAACCGGAUGCGCAACCUUUUCUAG